GGAGAGCCCCGGGCCCCGACCCCUCCCCCCGACGCCGCCCGAGAGCGGGACGCGGCGGCGAUGGUGACUGGGCAGCGGCGCGGGGCCGGGUCCUGGGCAGGGAGGCUCGGCGGCCUCUUUCUUUCUCUGCCCCCGCCCCUCUUUCCCCUUCCUGCGUGCUAGCCCCGGCAGCGGCCGAGGUCGGCGCUCUCUCCUCGCCUCCUCUUCCUCCUCCUCCCCUGCCCGGGGACCCUCUCCCCUCCCUCAAUCGCCCCCUCCUCUCGCCGCCUCCUCUCCUCUCCUCUCCCCUCCCCUCCCUCCUCCUCCUUCCCCGAGUGGCCGGCCGGGCCAGAGAAAGAGAGACCGAGAGAGAGAGAGAGAGACAGAGGUGGCUGCGAGGAGGCGUAACGGUAAGCCCCGGCUUGGGGAAGGCAGCGGGCUCGGAGCCGGGAUCGCCGAGCCGGGACCGGCUGAGUUGGAGUCGCCGGGCCCGCGCGCUCUGCGGAGGGAAAGCCCGCAGCCUCCGGCAGGUAAACUGGGAAGCAGACUCUUGAGUUCACAGCUGGCCUGUGGUUUUUGCAUCUCAUCAAGGAGCUCCUCCUCGUACAGGUGGCAUUUUUCUGAAGUUGUUCAUUGAGACGUCCCAGCAUUCCUGCAGAUAUAAUAGGUGAGGCUUUCGGCCGCGCGGAGCUGCGACAUGGCAGCAUGACAGCCCUGGAGAGCGCUGCCCCACGACGCCGCCGGGACGAGGGAGCCCCCGAGCAGCGGCCACUGCCGGCCCGGAGCGCCUGAGCCUCCUUUCCGCGCCUUCCCCACCGCCCGCCGGGCUCGCCUGUACAGUUCACCCCGUGGCCUCCCGACUCCUGACGCCUCGAACAUCAAUAUGUGUCAUGUCAUUGUCACCUGUCGCUCGAUGCUCUGGACCCUCCUGAGUAUUGUGGUGGCGUUUGCCGAGCUCAUUGCCUUCAUGAGCGCAGACUGGCUGAUUGGAAAAGCCAAGCCCCGCGGCAGCGCCGAGCCCAGCGAGCAGGGCGGAGGCUCCCCGGAGCCCCACCACCCCACGCUGGGCAUCUACGCCCGCUGCAUCCGGAACCCCGGCGUGCAGCACUUCCAGCGGGAGACGCUGUGCGGGCCCUACGCCGAGACCUUCGGAGAGAUCGCCAGCGGCUUCUGGCAGGCCACCGCUAUUUUCUUAGCCGUGGGCAUCUUCAUUCUCUGCAUGGUGGCCCUGGUGUCUGUCUUCACCAUGUGUGUGCAGAGCAUCAUGAAGAAAAGUAUUUUCAACGUCUGCGGGCUGCUGCAAGGAAUUGCAGGCCUCUUCCUUAUCCUGGGUUUGAUACUCUACCCUGCUGGCUGGGGCUGCCAGAAGGCCAUAGGCUACUGCGGACACUACGCGUCGGCCUACAAACCCGGAGACUGCUCGUUGGGCUGGGCCUUCUAUACCGCCAUCGGGGGCACGGUCCUCACUUUCAUCUGUGCCGUCUUCUCCGCACAAGCAGAAAUUGCCACCUCCAGUGACAAAGUACAAGAAGAAAUCGAAGAGGGGAAAAACCUUAUCUGCCUCCUUUAGUUUGGAAGAGACAUCGGUGCCGUUUUCUUGCUCGUGUAACCUUGUGAAACACUUCACUUCUGGUUCUGUCGUUUGAAUCAAGUGAAGAGCUAGCCUUUACCUACCAAAGCCACGUUCCACAGCCCUGAGCCUUGCCAGGACCAAUGACAGGCAACACCCAGCUGCACAAAGUGACUGCACAGGAGGGCCACAGUGCAAACUGUAAGAGAUGGAACAUGAAAAUAGUACAUAAACCCUGACAUGCAGUUAAGUUCUGUCAGACUCCAUCUCCCCCCAAGGCUCAAUGAAGGAUGAUGAUCUAAACCAUUAAAGCAGCAGUUUCUCUGGUAACAGAAGAGACCAUUGGCCAGAUUUGCAGGCUGUUUAGAGACGUUUCUGCACAGGUUGCAUGCCUGUGAGCAUCUCUGCCUCAGAGUGAGGUUUGGGGGUUGGUGCUUUUGUUUCCUCCUAGUUCUUUCAAACUGUCUCAGCUGGAGACUACAAUGAAGACUGCACACCCACCGGGGAGAGGAUGUGUGCUAAAGGGCCGAGCAAGACACUGUCUGUUGCUUAGCUGACCCGAGGGGUCAGCAGGGACAGUGUGGAAUUCUGUGGUGGGACUUAUUCUAGGCUGAAUUCCAGAGUCAGGUGGAUCAAUUGAUCUGUCACUCCAAGAGUUUAGAAAUUUGAGUAAAGGAAGAAUAAGGACCUGUCCAAUCAUGAGAAUGAAAGUACAAAAUCCUGCUAGUAGAGACAAAUUCAUUCCACUCCCCAGCAGCCAGGCUAGCACCAGUACUGGCCCCGUCUCCUCUUCCACUGGAGAUCACAUGUUGUUCUUCUAGGGCUAGGACUGCGCUUUGACUGCCAAGGGAAACCUCACUCUGUUUCCUGAUUCCAGGGACAGAGGUCUCCGAGCCAGCUGUGGCUCAUUCAUGUGGUGACUGGGAGAGCUUGCCAGAAUCUCAGCGCUUGCAGGGAGACCUUUUCCCACUGUGUGGUAACCAUGCUGUAUUCAGCUGUAUUCCCACCCCCAGCAGCAGCAGGAUGGCAUUCUGUGCAGAAAAAGGAGCUAGAGACGGGAGUUAAGUUCUUCUAGUUACUGGUGUUGGUCCUGAAAGCAGACUGAAAUAACAUUAAAUUGCUCUAACUGGUGAGUUGCAUCAAAGGCUUCAUUCUCAGGAAAGCACAGAGUAGAUAGAAAGUUAAUGCAAAAUGAGAGCUAGACCAAGCUCAUAGCACCUGCCUAUACCUGUUUACAAAAUGAAUGAAACACCACUAUUAAAAAGGAUUCAGGGGCUUUUAAUCUAGUUUCUAUAAAUCACCAACAUAAUUGAUUCAGGAAAAUGAUAUUGGCCAUCACUUCAAACUUACUUUGGAACGAUCAAAGUGACCAGAAAGAACCUAGUCUGGUAUUAUCCUGAGCUUCAGAAUUGCAGAAUGCAAUAGAAACACUUCUUUGCAACUUAAGCAAAUGGAGUGGACCUGCCAAAUUUCUGGAAGGACUAGAAGGACAGGUCUCUUUAGGCUUAUGAAUCUGCUUACUUGAGGGCUUGCUUUGUUUUGAAAAUUUAACAAAUAACUAUGAACCUUGUUUGGGCAAGGUAUUGUGUGCUAAGCACCACCAGGCAUAGAACCCUGAUUCAGAUUUUACAACCCUGCCCUGAGUAAAUCAUCUUAAAGCUGUGUGAGUCUAAAACCAUGCCUUGCUGCAAAACAAGUAAUUACUUUAGUUGUUCCAUUCCAGUUUAAUUCCAUUCUAGCCUUCGGCCUGUACCAGAAACCGUUUUCUCUCACAGAUAAUGAGCUAAAGGGCAGGAAGGUGGGGGCAUGGAACCAGGUCUUCAUGAGCUCACCAUUCUUAGACCAAAGUUCACAGUAAGCAAGAUGUACAUCUGUGACUUCAAGGGGUAAAUAUGUAUCCUCAUAGCAGCCUGUCAUAAGGGCUCAGGACACAAUAACUGUCUGAUGCCACACAGAAAUAAUAGGUUAUGGCAGCCACUGUACAGGACUCCUGUCCCUUACUGUGCAUCUGUAUGCUCUAACCAAGUCCUGACGCCAUCACGGUCAUUGCUUUUUAACCCUUGGCAAGAAUUUUCAUUUAAAAAAAAAAAGCAAUUCCCUCCAUCAGGCAAAUAAUUUAAAACCCAAUUUUUUUUCUUAAAUUUAUCAUCACAAGAUUCACUCUACUUUUUCUUCUAUAUGAGAUAGAGAACCCAUGUUAUAACACUAAUUUUACAGUCUCACUCUCCUCGCAGACAAGUCAUAAGCCUAGAGGAUCCUCUAAGCACGUCCAUCAUCUUUACUGCCUGACUGCGCCUUCACUAAGGGGCGGUGGGGGGUGGGAUAUGCCUGGGUCACUCCGAUAACAGAAGCCGUGAGUGAAAAUGUGACCUCUCUUGGCCAGAAGAAAGUCACUUGACAGUGUUUACUUCAUUAGUCUGAAUGCUACAGAAGACCCCCCCAAAAAAAAAAAAAAAAGCACAUGCACACAAACAAAACCCCAAACCACUAAAAACUGCUUAAACACUGAUUUGUUAAGCAGAGCAGAGAUGAAAUUUCUCUAGCAGAGAAAGAGUAAAAAGGUAAUGUGGGCCUUUUAAACCUUUAGUCCAUUUAGCCAGGCUUCAGUUGGGAUAAAUGGAAUAUCAGAAUCAUGCUAGUCUAGACGAACACUGCAUGGCUGUUUAAAAACCACUGAAUAGGAGGAACGUGUUAGAAGGAAAGAGAUUAAAAAACAGACAGUCGUUGACCCGCACCUAUUUUUCUAAUAAACUUCUAUCAAUCAUGUAAUUGCCUCAGUCUAAAAAUCUAAUAUACCUGGACCAUUACUACUACCAGCAAGUCUUAUUUAUUUUUUGCCUGCGUUUGUGCUUAAAGUUUUGUGAUGGGGCUGGGCUUCUCAAUGAACUCCAAGAAGGCAGAAAUGUUUGCUUUGGAUUCUGUGGAUUUUUUAAACCUGUGUGCUAAUCCAACAAUGUUACAUUAAUUGUGUAAGGGUUUUUGUAUAGUUAUCAAACAUCUGUGGUGUAAUGAUCUUUGUUAAACAUGUAUUCUGUAAAGUGCCAUAGUCUUUUUUAUGUGUAGCAUAUUUAAAAAAUAUAUAUGUAUAUUAUACAUACACAAGUCUGUGUGAAAGAUGUGCAAUAACAAAGGUGUAUGUAUGUUUCGUUUUUUGGAAACUGGACAGGAGUCAGAACAGAGAUUGUUUCUGUUUUGGCAAAGGAGAGUUAAACAUUUUGCCUUCAUGGCCUAGUCAUUAACCCAUAACAAUUUUAAUGCUACACAAACCUAUGUGAAGAAAAGACUGGUAUGAGAUCAUUUUUUCCUGGGUCUAAAUUAAAAUAAUCACUAGAUUUAUGUGAAAGUUAAGCCAGCAAGACAGGCCCGGUUAAUGCUAGUCUUUCAUGUGAAAUGUGAAGCUGCCACGUUGCCUUUUCUGUUUGUGUGAUAACUAGUAGCUGGUACAUAAUCACUAAGGAGCUAUUUCUUAACAUGCUUUGAUAGACCACAUUAAUGCUAGACCACUAUUUAAGGGCUAAUCUCACACCGUCUUAGCCAUAAGGGUCUGCUUAGAACAGACCUCUCUGUGCAAUAACAUGUGGCCACUGGAAAUCCCUGGCCUGCGUUUGUAUUUGGGCAGCAAUGACUCCCAAGGGCCAAAAGAAAUAAAAGCACGACUGGGAUUUCUUCUGAGACUGUGGUGAAACUCCUUCCAAGACUGGGGGGUCAUGAGGUGCUUUGGAGGAACUCAGCACCAUUUGAUAUUCAACAGCCACUUGAGCCAAAUAUAAAAUUGUAUUACCGCUGAUGGACUCAAUUUGAGCCUUUGAAUUUCUGGUUAUCCUAUUAUAUUGUAAACUAAUACAUCAUUUGUCUAGCAUUGAUUAGGUUCCUGUGCAUAUGUAUUUUCACAACAUGUUCCCCUACCCUCCCCAGAUAUGAAUUAAACCAGAUUUUGCAAACUCA